UUUGUCUAUCCCGACAAUCCUCGCGGCAUCGUCCUGACGGGGGCCACUGGGUUUCUCGGCGCAUUCCUGCUGUACGAGCUGGCCAGCAGGUUCCCCAGCGCCAAGAUCUACUGCCUUGUCCGAGCCAAGGACGAGCCGGCCGCCAUCGACCGCAUCUUUGACACGGCCAGCAAGCUGAUCCUCAACCAGCAGCAGAUGCACGACCUCGAGCACAACAUCCGUCCCAGGAUCGUGGGUCUUCCCGGCGACCUGGCACAGGACAAGUGGGGGCUGUCGGACGAGCGAUGGCAGGAGAUCAGCGAGCAGAGUGAUGUGAUUGUGCACAACGGUGCCGAGGUCCACUGGCUCUACAACUACGAGGCACUCAAGGGCCCGAACGUCCUCGGCACGGCGACGGCAUUGAGACUGGCCACGACCCACCACUUGAAGCCGCUCCACUACAUCUCGACGAUCGGCACGCUGCCGAUGAAGGGCUCGGCCCAGCCGCUCGAGGAGCGAAUGUCGCUGAACUGGAACCUCUCUGGCGGCUACGCACAGACCAAGUGGGUCUCGGAGCAGCUGGUCCACAAGGCACGAUCGAGGGGCGUGCCGGUGACGAUCAUCCGACCGGCCGCGAUCGUCGGCGAGAGCCGAUACGGAGCAUGCAACGUUGAUGACUACAUCUGGCGAUAUGUCAAGGGAUGCAUCCAGAUCGGAAUCGCUCCCUCCCAUGCAACCCCCGUCACCCUGACCAUGGACCCGGUCGACCAUGUGGCCAAGGUCGUCACGGCGAUUGUGGCCUCGGAGCAGGCCCUCUCCAACUUUGUGUUUCAUGUCAGCGACUCGGAGAACAGCCUCAUCGCCGAGAAGAAGAUCUUUGAGAUCGUCAAUGCCAUGGGCUGGCGAGUCAUGUUCGAGACACGCGAGCAGUUCAAGAUCCUGCUCCACUCGGCUCCCUCCGUCGAGACCAACGCCCUGUUCCCGCUGAUGCACAUGCUGAUGGACAUGUCCGUCCAGGUCGACAACCCCAACACCCGCUCGAUCUAUCCGACACCGAGUCCCCCGGCCGAGAAUGUCGUCGAGCGAUGUCUCCGAUUCUUGGACCGUGUGAAGUACCUCCAUGCUCCGCCCGAGCCUGUCUCGCCGCUCCAGACGGACGACUAUCCCGAUGUCAGCGUCUUUGGCCGCACUGGCCGCAACUGAAUGGCACAGAUGUGCUGGACCA